AUGCAGUCGGGGGGCGCGGUCACGUGACACACAUGUCAAGAGCCAGCAUGGCGGACGUGCAUGUGCAGUCUCAAAACAAAUCACAUCGAUUGCUCAGCUAACGCCGUCGCGGGGCCAUCGACAGCGCGAGGGAAGCCCGAGGAGACGGCAGGAUGGAAGAGGAAAACAAGCUGCAGUUCCCGUCCCUGCCCGCCACCAAGGAGGAGCUGCUGGACUGGGCUUACCCCAUGAGACGAGACAUGCAGGAGAUUUUACCAGGGCUGUUUUUAGGUCCCUACUCUUCUGCAAUGAAAAGCAAGAUGCCAAUUCUUGAGAGACACGGCAUAACACACAUUGUGUGUGUCCGCCAAGACAUCGAAGCCAAUUUUAUCAAACCCAAUUUCCCUCAUACAUUUAGAUAUCUUGUGUUAGACAUUGCUGACAAUCCUGUGGAAAAUAUAAUCCGCUUUUUUCCUAUGACUAAAGAAUUUAUUGAUGGCUGCUUAGCAGCAGAAGGAAAGGUACUGGUUCAUGGUAACGCAGGGAUUUCAAGAAGUGCUGCCUUAGUGAUUGCAUACCUUAUGGAAACAUUUGGGAUGAAGUACAGGGAUGCAUUCAGCCACGUCCAGGAGAGGAGGUUUUGCAUCAACCCCAACGUGGGCUUCGUGCAUCAACUACAGGAAUAUGAAGCAAUUUAUCUUGCCAAAUUGACCAUCAAAAUGAUGUCACCCAUGCAGUUGGGCAGGUCGUUUUCUCUACAAGCUGGGAUGGCAGGAAGCCGCAAACGCAGUUUGGAGGAUGAUGAAGAUUUUGGUGCAAUGCAGGUCACAACAGCACAAAAUGGAUGAGCUUUGCUGAUAUUAGGCUGUGUGGCAUAGUGCACUCUUGUUCCUUUUUUUUUUUUUUGUUUUCUUACAUUUUUAAUGGGAUUUAAAAAUGUAAAUAUUGGAACUUUUUCUAAUGGGCGGGGAAGCGGGCGGGAGGGGAACCACUCGUGUCUGAGACAUGGAGUAAAAGAUGGACUUUGGAAUUUGUUAACUUUUUUCUUUGUUUUUUUCUCUCUUUUUGUUGAGCUGUAUGCACUGACGGGAGAUUUUUUGCAGUUUUAUAGUAUUUAAAGCAUUUUGCAUUUGCAGCGGGACAGUAUUGCAAUAAUGCACUUUCGAUACUUGAAUUAGUGUAGAUGACCAGAAGGGGCCGUCGGCAAAAGGGAACGUAGUCGAGAUGUCACCCAGUGGAAGACACGAGGAGAGGACUAGCUACUGCCUUCAUUCAGGAGUAAUAGGAUCAUAAACUAAUAUCAGGCUUAAUGUGGGACAGGAAUGGAGGAAUUAUAACUCACUACUUAAUAAACUGUUCUGAGUACUGUUCAACUUUCAACUG